CUCAGGAAAUAUCCAGACCAAGCAGUUGCCUGGGCAGAUGCGAUUUGUCACAACCAUGGCCGGAACAACUAUGCUCGAAUAUUAUUUGUGGUAAACUCUGAUCAUGGAGCGCAGACUUUGCUUAACCUGGCUGUCCAUGGUAUGCACUUUGAGCGAGUGCAGUUAACGACACCAACUGAAUCCUGGAGAUUCGCCACUUUGGAUCGCAAUCUGUUGCGAAAGUGUCAGCAUAACGUUGGUCUAUAUUGGAUGGCCAAGCUGAAGUUGCGCACCGGGGCAUUGAUGCCCAGUGAAGUCGAGGGUUUCUCGGUGCAGAUGCAGAAGCAAUGGGCACGAGACUUUGCAUUGCCCUUUCCGGUCUGGCCACAUCAAUCCUGGUUCAAUCUGGACCUUAUCGAGGCCAAAGCAGAGCUCCUCAAGGGCUUGUUUGCGCUACUGCACGUGCCCACCAGGACACCUGAGGAGAACUUUCAACGUGCAAUGUCCAUCCUUGCGGUGGUGCGUCCAGAGAUUGAGCUUUUGGACUCGACCCAGCUGUUUGACACCACCAUGGCAGAGUGGGUCAGGAUUUUCUCGAAUGAAGGGUCCAUGAAGGUCCUCCUGACACAGCAGGAGGCGAGAGUAGUUGCCAAGCACCUGCGCCGCUUGAUGGGGACCUGGACAAGAAUCCAGUGAACACCUUUGUUCAUGAUGGUGUGAAAGCUCAACUUGUUUGGGUCGCCGGGAGCGGCUUGACGGCGCUCCCGGAAAUGUGAGCACAACCAGCACAGAUUUGUGGGAUUGCAACUUGCAACCUCAACACUUCAUGACAUUGGCAAGUCUACACGUUACCCGCUGCAUUCCAUGUCUUGGUUCUUUUUGGACAAUAUCUCUUUUGAUAUGCAAC